AUGCACUCAUCUAAUUCGUUUACUAUAUUGUAUUCGAAACGAAUAUCAUUUUUACUUUCAUUUUUGUCAACGUUAUCUCUAUUAUCUACAGCCGUGGCACAAUCAAAUCGUAUUAUAUUAUCAUCAAAUAAACAAACAAAUCUUUCACAAUCAUCUAAAAUUAUUAUAACAACUACUUCACUAUUCGAUAGUACUACUACACUACCUAUACAUCGUCGUAAUUAUCGUACAACAACAACAAUUUCCGUACAGAUAAUAACAAAUGAUAUUAAUAAAAAUAAAACAAAUAGUCAUUUAGAUACUAUAAGAAAAACAACAAAAGAAGAUCAUUUACGUCCGAUACCUCAAAUUAUUGGUUUAUCAAUAGUUUGUUCAUUUAUGAUUAUAUUUACAAUAUUUGGAAAUUUAGUUGUUAUUAUUGCCGUAUGUUUAGUUCGAAAAUUACGUACUGCUUCAAAUAUUUUAAUUGUUAGUUUAGCUGUUAGUGAUUUAUGGGUGGGAAUUAUCGUUAUGCCAUUAGCACUUAUUAACGAUAUUUAUCGAGGUUAUUGGAUAUUAGGUACAAUUAUGUGUGAUAUAUGGACAUCGACCGACGUUCUAUUAUGUACAUCAUCGAUAUUAAAUUUUUGUGUUAUAUCUAUUGAUAGAUAUUUUAUUAUUAAUCAUCCAUUUAAAUAUGCACCAAAACGAAAAAUAAAAUUAUUAUCAUUAAUGAUUGCCGCUGUAUGGAUUUUAAGUGCUCUCGUUUCAUUACCACCAAUUUUUGGUUGGGGUCGAGCAUCAAAGCAUUUACCACAAUGUCAGGUGAACGUUGAGUUAUCCUAUCAAAUAUUUGCUACAAUGUUUUCAUUUUAUAUUCCUCUAAUUGUUGUUUUAAUUAUUUAUGCAAAUAUUUAUCGUACUGCUCGUCAAACUGUCGAUAAUCGUUCAAGUGUACAAAUGUCACAGUUUUUAACUCAUAAUAAUUCAAAUAGUAUUAUCAACAAUACAAAUAAUACUAAUAAUAAUACUAAUAAUAAUAAUAAUAAUAAUAAUAAUAAUAACAAUAAUAAUAAUAAUAAUAAUACGAAAACGGCAUUAAAAAACGAUGGACAAAUAACAUUAUUAUCCGCUCAACAACAAACACAGUCAAAUGGAUUUAAUAUUCCUUCUUCAUCAUCAUCAUCACCACAAGUUAUUGUAACAUCAGCUGAUAAUGAAAUUUUAGACGAUGAUGAAUAUUAUAAUAGACAACUAGAAACAAAUACAAAUCAUCGAUUAUCUUCAGCAUCCUCCACUAUUCAACAAAAAGAACGUUCAUUAUCAAAUAGACGAUCUCGUAAUAAUAGUAAUAGUCAUCAUUAUAAUAGUGGUGAUUCAUCGUCAAAAACUCGACACUGUUUAAAUCCAGUACGUUGUCUAGGUAGACCUUUAAGUUCACCAUUUAAUGUCGGACGAUUAUCAAUAUUUGUAUCUAGACGUUAUUCAUUUUUUAAACAUGUACAUUUACCAAAUCAGAAAGCUAUUCGAACAUUAGGUGUAAUUCUAGGAACGUUCAUUAUCUGUUGGCUCCCAUUUAUGUUUUUAGCUUUAUUAAAACCAUUUCAUUAUAAAGUAAGUGGUUUGAAAUUAGAUGUACCCGGUUGGGUUGAUUCUAUGUUACUAUGGUUCGGUUAUUCAUCAUCAAUGUUAAAUCCAUUAAUUUAUAGUAAAUUUAAUACCGAAUUUCGUACACCAUUUCGUGAAAUAAUAUUUUGUCGUUGUCGCGGUAUUAAUGAAAAAAUGAGAAGAAAAGAAUAUUUAGAGAAUAUGUAUGGGACAGCACAAACUGCAGCUGUAUGA